AUGGUUUUAAAUAUACUGCAAGCAACAGCCGUGUUUGGAUCUGCGAUGUUUCGGAGCAUUAACACAAAGGUUUCAGAAAUACUGAACCUUCUGGACCAUUACUGCGGAGAAAAAUUGUUUUGGAUACCACGGAACCAGCGAAAGUUGGAGUACCUUCGUAACAUAGCGAACAAAAUCGAUGAACUCUGCUACCUACAUCGGGUGCUCGAUGCGAACGUACAACGGCUGGUGUGGACCUUCAGUUUUCCGCUGCUAGCAAUUUUUCUAAAUCUGUUUAUCACAAUACUAUCCGAAUCGUACUAUAAUUUCGUUACUCUGCUAAAGGAAACGGAAACAGGAAGAGACCUCAGCAUCGGCCAAACCGUUUGCUCUGCGAUACUCCUUUUAAUAUGUUCACUCCAGUUCUUCUAUACGAUUUCGUUAUGUGCUUUGCAAACUAGAAGAGCUGAAGAAACAGGACUCUUACUGACGAAGCUUUUUCAAGCCGACGUAGGGCAUCGCAUUGAGCUUAGUAUUGAAAUUUUCACCCUUGAAACGUUGCACCACAACUACAGCGUACGUUUGUUCGGUCUUUUUUCGGUGGAUUUUACAUUCAUGUAUGCGGUAGGGUUUAGUUCGGAUUGGGUACAAUUAUGA